AUGUCACAGCCAUCUAAGUUGGACGUUUUAGAUUCUCGCUUAUCGUCGGACGAUGCUGAUAAGUUCCUCAACGAUUUACGCAAGCAGCAGGAACAGAAACAAGAUUAUUGGAAAUUUGAAAUUGUGCCGAAUUAUUUUAAGCAAUCAGAUCUGGCGACGGAUGAAACCACUUUUAACUACUUGAACGAGCACUUUGGGAGAGUCAAGUCAUGGGAGAAUGUUUUUGAGAAUCUAGACAAGCUCAAUGAAGCCGCCGAUUCAGACGUAUGUUACAAAGUAUUUUUCCUAGCUAGACAUGGUCAAGGAUACCACAACUUGGCUCACGAUAAAUAUGGAAAUGAUGCAUGGAAUGACUACUGGUCUAAGAUAAAUGGAGACGGUGAGAUCGUAUGGGGUCCAGAUCCGGAAUUGACCGAGUUGGGUCAGAACCAAGCAAAAGAAAACUACAAGCAGUGGCAGGUCGAACUCAAACAUGGGUGUAGAUUGCCUACCAGAUGGUUUGUUUCACCAUUAUCUAGAUCGAUAGACACCCUUACUAUAACUUGGGAAAAUAUAACCAAGUUGGAAGAAGCUCGUCCGUUAAUAAAGGAAAACAUUAGAGAAACUAUCGGUGUGCAUACAUGCGAUAAAAGAUCAACCAGAAGUAUAAUAGAUUCUAAAUACUCUCCUAAGGGCUAUAUUAUAGAACCUGGUUUUGCUGAAGAAGAUGUUUACUUCAAAAAGGAUUAUCGUGAAACUGUCCGGGAACAUGCCAUGCGUAUCAACGAGUUUUUCCAAGAGAUAUUCACUUUGAAAGACAAUGUUAUAUGCGUUACAAGUCACUCUGGCUCUAUUAGAGCAUCAUUAUUAGUAUUGGGACAUAGACAAUUUAGUGUUGGCACCGGUGGCAUGAUCCCAGUCUUUGUGAAGGGAACUAAAAUAGUUAAUAAAUAG